AUGGGCUCUGGAUACUCUAGAGCGGCCAUAUUGGCCCUAUUUUGGCAGACCUUGUUUAUUGCCAACAUUCCAAAUCCUGCUCAUGGACUUGUCCUGAGGGCAGACUACGACCAUGGGGAGCUCAUAACGGUUGCUCACAAAAGAGCUGACGAUACUCAGACUGGCGAGGACUGGAUUGAUCUGCCAGGAAAGCCUGGAUUCAGAUUGCAUCCUAACUGCAAAGGAUACAUGGAUAGCGGCGACAGCUCUAGCUCCAGCUCUGGCUCCAGCUCUGGCUCUGACGCUAUCUCUGAAGCCACUUUCUCAUGGUUCAGCACGACCCUUGGUAAUGUGCUCCAUAUCAAUAAAGCCGCACAAGGCGCUAUUCCAACCCUCAAUGGAAUUUUGGAUGGACCUGAAGCAGGAGACAGUGAAGGCAGUGAUGGGACCGACUUGACUGAUAGCCAAAAGGCGCAGAUUGAACUCUAUGGGAAGAUGUAUGGUGAAGUUAAUCUAAAUGACGAGGCUUCUGUCAAAAGAGCCAAAGACCGAGUUAAAAAAUUGGGAGACUUUGCGGACGAGUUUGUCGACGGUCUGGAUUCCAACACCUUCAAGUCAGAUAUAAUCUGCGAUCACACGCUCUGGAAAACUGUGAAGCACGAUGGUAAAGAUGUAUUUACACUUGAGAACGAGCCGAAUUGUCCAUAUUUCAGGCAGAAAGGCACUCAGAGUGACCCAUGCACGAGUGCCUCGAGCAAUGAGAAAACCGUGAUGGGAUUUUCGGCAAAAACCAAAGAUAACUCAAGGAACUACCUCACGAUUUGCCCUAAGGCGUGGGAGUCGUUCACGAGCCAUAAUCCCUAUGGUGACAGCAUUGUAGACUGGAACCAGAAAGGGCUUGGUGAAGAUUUUGGCUCUGGGGGUAUGGAAGGUAAAAGUUUGGAGUCAAUUGUCAGAGUCUCGCCUGAAGGCCUUUUUACACACGAGUUGUCUCACUCUCAAUCUAAAUUUGGCGAGGACGGCAGAAUGCUCGACAUCAAACUGAAGGGCGGAAAAAUGAAAUCGGCAUAUGGCUGGGAAAAUGUUGUCGAACUUGGCGAACAGGAUCAAAAUGAAGACGACGUGAGCAAAGUUCAGGCGCUCAAGAAUGCCGAAACCUACGAGUUUUGGGUUGGAGGUGAGUGA